AUGGGCUUCGUGCCUCACUUUGUCCUGACAGAGCCCACAGCCAAGUUCCAGUGCUUCCUGUCUCCCUCCUCGGCUGAUGCUGGUGUGGCGGGAGAACGGCUGGUGCUUACGGAAACGAAAGUGCUCUCAGACAUUGCAGGCCUCUUGGUGGGCACCCUUGAUGUCGUAUUGGACUCCAGUGCCAGGGUGGCUCCCUACCGGAUUUUAUACCAGACCCCAGACUCUCUGGUCUAUUGGACCAUUGCCUGUGGGGGUUCCAGGAAAGAGAUCACGGAGCACUGGGAAUGGCUGGAGCACAACCUGCUGCAGACGCUCUCCAUCUUCGAGAACGAGAAUGACAUCACCACGUUCGUGAGAGGCAAAAUACAGGGCAUCAUCGCGGAGUAUAACAAAAUCAACGACGUAAAGGAAGACGAUGACACGGAGAAGUUUAAGGAAGCCAUUGUGAAAUUCCAUCGGCUCUUUGGGAUGCCGGAGGAGGAGAAACUCGUCAACUAUUACUCUUGCAGUUACUGGAAGGGGAAGGUCCCCCGACAGGGCUGGAUGUACCUCAGUAUUAACCACCUGUGCUUCUAUUCUUUCCUUAUGGGAAGGGAAGCCAAACUGGUCAUCCGGUGGGUGGACAUCACUCAGCUUGAGAAGAACGCCACCCUGCUUCUGCCUGAUGUGAUCAAAGUGAGCACGAGGUCCAGCGAGCACUUCUUCUCUGUGUUCCUCAACAUCAACGAAACCUUCAAGCUGAUGGAGCAGCUGGCCAACAUCGCCAUGCGGCAGCUCCUGGACAAUGAGGGCUUUGAACAGGACAGAUCCCUGCCCAAGCUGAAGAAGAAGUCCCCUAAGAAAGUCUCUGCUCUCAAACGGGAUCUUGACGCCCGGGCCAAGAGUGAGAGAUACCGCGCGCUUUUCCGGCUGCCCAAAGACGAAAAAUUAGAUGGCCACACAGACUGUACCCUCUGGACCCCCUUUAACAAAAUGCACAUUCUGGGCCAGAUGUUCGUGUCCACAAAUUACAUCUGUUUUACCAGCAAGGAGGAGAACUUGUGUAGCCUCAUUAUCCCGCUCCGGGAGGUGACCAUUGUGGAAAAGGCGGAUAGCUCCAGUGUGCUCCCCAGCCCCCUGUCCAUCAGCACGAGGAACAGAAUGACCUUCCUCUUCGCCAAUUUAAAAGACAGAGACUUCUUAGUGCAGAGGAUCUCUGACUUCCUGCAACAGACGACGUCCAAAAUAUACUCCGACAAAGAGUUUGCCGGAAGCUACAACAGUUCAGAUGAUGAGGUGUAUUCUCGGCCCAGCAGCCUCGUGUCCUCCAGCCCCCAGAGAAGCACGAGCUCAGACACCGAUGGAGAACGCCCGUUCAAUCUGAAUGGCAACAGUGUUCCAACAGCCACGCAGGCCCUGAUGACCAUGUACCGGCGGCGUUCGCCCGAGGAGUUCAACCCUAAACUGGCCAAAGAGUUUUUGAAAGAGCAAGCUUGGAAGAUUCACUUUGCUGAGUACGGCCAAGGGAUCUGCAUGUACCGCACAGAGAAGUCUCGAGAGCUGGUGUUGAAGGGCAUCCCGGAGAGCAUGCGCGGGGAGCUGUGGCUGCUGCUCUCAGGUGCCAUCAACGAGAAGGCCACGCACGCCGGCUACUACGAGGACCUGGUGGAGAAGUCCAUGGGGAAGUACAACCUCGCCACAGAGGAGAUCGAGCGGGACCUGCACCGCUCCCUUCCAGAGCACCCGGCGUUCCAGAACGAAAUGGGCAUCGCAGCUCUGCGGAGAGUCCUAACCGCUUACGCUUUCCGGAAUCCUAACAUAGGAUAUUGCCAGGCCAUGAAUAUUGUCACGUCAGUGCUGCUUCUCUAUGCCAAAGAAGAGGAAGCUUUCUGGCUGCUGGUGGCUCUGUGUGAGCGCAUGCUUCCCGAUUACUACAACACCCGAGUGGUCGGCGCUCUGGUGGACCAGGGCGUGUUCGAGGAACUGGCCCGGGACUAUGUGCCGCAGCUCUACGACUGCAUGCAGGAUCUGGGCGUGAUUUCCACCAUCUCCCUGUCUUGGUUCCUCACGCUGUUUCUCAGCGUGAUGCCCUUUGAGAGCGCGGUUGUGGUGGUCGACUGUUUCUUCUAUGAAGGAAUCAAAGUGAUCUUCCAGUUGGCCCUGGCUGUGUUGGACGCAAACGUGGACAAGCUGUUACACUGCAAGGAUGACGGCGAGGCCAUGACUGUUUUAGGAAGGUACUUAGACAGCGUGACCAAUAAGGACAGCACGCUGCCUCCCAUCCCUCACCUCCACUCCCUGCUCAGCGACGACGUGGAACCUUACCCCGAGGUGGACAUCUUCAGACUCAUCAGAACCUCCUAUGAGAAAUUUGGGACCAUCCGGGCAGAUGUGAUUGAGCAGAUGAGGUUCAAACAGAGACUGAAGGUGAUCCAGACCCUGGAGGACACCACCAAGCGGAACGUGGUGCGCACCAUUGUGACCGAAACCUCCUUCUCCAUGGACGAGCUGGAAGAGCUCUAUGCUCUGUUCAAGGCAGAACAUCUAACCAGCUGCUACUGGGGCGGGAGCAGCAAUGCGCUGGACCGGCACGACCCCAGCCUGCCUUACCUGGAGCAGUACCGCAUCGACUUUGAGCAGUUCAAGGGCAUGUUUGCCCUGCUCUUCCCCUGGGCGUGCGGAGCCCACUCGGAGGUGCUGGCCUCCCGCCUGUUCCAGCUGCUGGAUGAAAAUGGAGACUCGCUGAUUAACUUCCGGGAGUUUGUCGCUGGGCUAAGCGCCGCGUGUCAUGGGGAUCUCACGGAGAAACUCAAACUCCUGUACAGAAUGCACGUCUUGCCUGAGCCGUCCUCUGAUCAAGAUGAGCCGGAUUCCGCUUUUGAAGCAACUCAGUACUUCUUUGAGGAUAUCACCCCAGAAUGUACGCAUGUUGUUGGGUUAGAGAGCAGAAGCAAACAGAGCACUGAUGACGGCUUCGUGACCGUGAGUCUAAAGCCGGACAAAGGGAAGAGGGCAAAUUCUCAAGAAAACCGUAACUACUUGAGACUUUGGACUUCAGACAAUAAAGCUAAGUCCAAGAACGCAAAGGAUUUACCCAAACUGAAUCAGGGCCAGUUUAUUGAGCUGUGCAAGACCAUGUACAACAUGUUCAGCGAGGACCCCAACGAGCAGGAGCUGUACCACGCCACGGCCGCCGUGACCAGCCUCCUGCUGGAGAUCGGGGAAGUGGGCAAGCUGUUUGUCACCCAGCCCGCCAAGGAGGGCGGCGGGACCGCCGGCAGUGCGCCCCCCUGCAGCCAGAGCCUCCCGGGCAUGCUCUUCUCCAAGAAAGGGCCCGGCCAGCCCUACGGCGCCACCGCGGAGUCCGUCGACCCCCUCCCGGCCACCCUGACCGCCGACAGCGAGGAGCACUCCCUGGGAGGGCAGAUGGAGGACAUUAAGCUGGAGGACUCCUCACCCCGGGACAACGGGGCGUGCUCCUCGAUGCUGAUCUCGGACGAUGACACCAAGGACGACAGCUCCAUGUCGUCCUACUCGGUGUUGAGCGCUGGCUCCCACGAGGAGGACAAGCUGCACUGCGAGGACGUUGGGGAGGACACGGUCCUGGUGCGCAGUGGCCACGGCACGGCAGCACUGCCUCAGAGCGCCAGCCUGGACCGGGACUGGGCCGUCACCUUCGAGCAGUUCCUGGCCUCCCUGCUAACUGAGCCCGCCCUGGUGAAGUACUUCGACAAGCCGGUGUGCAUGAUGGCCAGGGUGACCAGUGCGAAAAACAUCCGCAUGAUGGGCAAGCCGCUCACCUCGGCCAGUGACUAUGAGAUCUCCGCUCUGUCGGGCUGACGAGGGCGGGACGGGAGAGUCUUUUUUAUGUUCUUAUGUGUUGGGCUUUCUUUCUUUUAAAUUAAAUAUUUAUUAGGACCUGG